AUGUCGUCUCUCAGAAGAGGGCCUACCAUGGCCUCACUGAAGCUGAGUAGACUUGGUCGCCCCCUGGUGAUAGGCAUCCGUCGCGAAGAUCCCGGAAGGAUAUGGGAGCGACGGGCCCCCAUCACUCCAGAUGACGUGCAUGAGAUAGUGUCGAAAGAGAAAGCAGCUGUCGAAGUCGUUGCAUGCGCCCGACGCGUCUUUUCGGACUACGAGUACAAGCAAGCUGGUGCACGGAUCGUUAGCCGGCUCUCGCCCGAUGUCGAUCUCAUCGUGGGUAUCAAGGAGCCGCCCCUUCGCGAGGUUGUCAAUCUCGAGCGGGGGCGGCAAGAGGCAGGCCACGAGCCGCAAACCUUCCUCAUGUUCUCGCAUACACACAAAGGCCAGCCAUACAACACCAAGCUCCUUUCUCGCUUCGCGGCUCAGACACACGAGAGGGUUCCGAGGGAGUUCAAUCCCUACCCCCGGCUGAUCGACUAUGAGCUCAUUACGAAGGAGGAUACUGGGAAGAGGACGGUCGGGUUUGGAAUAUAUGCGGGUCUGGCAGGGGUGCUGGAGGGCUUUUCCUCGAUGGCACACGCGCAUUUAAAGGCAGGAAUUGCGUCUCCGUUUCUGUAUACCCCACGGCCGCAUACGCUACCAACGUUGGAACAUCUUAGGAGUGCGUUCAGGAGCGUUGGAAAGAUGAUUGAGAAGAACGGGACGCCUCCAAGUUUGGGUCCUGUUAUUGUUGGUGUAACUGGGAAUGGCCAAGUCGCGAAAGGAUGCCUCUCGAUGUUGCAGGAACUGCCGAUUCAAUUCGUGAAACCGUCUCAGCUGGAAUCUCUCGUCAGGAACAAACCCUCGCACUCGGACCUCACAAAGAUUUACGUUUGCCAUGCCCAACCGGAAGACUAUUUCAGACGGACGGAUGGAAGAAGUUAUGAUAGAGCGGAUUACUACUUGAACCCGGAUAUGUACGAGUCGGUAUUCUAUCACAAGAUCGCCCCCUACCUGACCCUGUUGUUCCAUGGCGCUGGCUGGUCGUCCUCUUUCCCCCGCCUAAUGACGAACAGCGAGCUUAUCUUUGCACUCGAGAAAGCCGCUCGCAUCUCGCCGCACCAUCAAAAGCGCUUCACCAACAUCGCCGACAUCAGCUGCGACAUCGAGGGCGGGCUUGAGUUCCUCACGGCAACGACAACGCUCUCCUCUCCCUCGUAUGAAAUUCGGCCAACACCGACGGACAGCAACCCCACCCCAUUCUUGUUCUCCCCGCAUGUGGAGCCGCCGGUUGUGACGAUGAUGGCGGUCGAUAUUCUGCCUGCGGCGAUACCCAGAGACGCCUCGUAUCAUUUCUCGCAGGUCCUCCGGCCGUACAUCCUCUCCUUGAUCGAACGCAUGCGAGAGGAGAAGGCAGUGUGGGAGGAGCAGGGACGCGAGGGGUACGCGAAGGCUAUCGCGCAGUUCGCGCAUCCGGAUUCAGAGGUUCGGGAGAAUGGCAAUGGGAAGAAGGGGAGGGAGGAUCCGUAUAAGUCGGCUUUGAGCCGCGCGAUCAUUGCCUCGGGCGGCGAGCUUGUAGGUCAGCAUACGUGGCUGCAGCAGUCGGUGGACAAGGUGCUCGAGGAGCGCACGUUUCGUGUGGACCCUGACUUGGUGCCUAAGCCGUCUGAUGGUGUUGGCGAGGAGCUUUGGGCGAUGUUGGCGGAACCGCAGGAGUCACAGCGGAGGAACGUGUCAAAGAAGGAGGCGGUGGUGGCUAACGAGAUUGAAGAGGCGGUAGCGAAGAAGGCGGCCCGAGAGGCGGCGAGCGAGUCUGACGAUUACAUGGAGAAGUUGAGCAAGGCUCUGAAUGACAUCGAGCCGUCGGUCGCCAGUUCCAGUCCCGCCACCGAUACGGGUUCGGCUGCGUCGCUGGGCAAGAAGAAGAUCUUGAUGCUUGGCAGUGGGAUGGUAGCUGGACCCGCCGUGGACUACCUUGCGCAGAGGAAGGAUGUUGAGCUCGUUAUCGGCAGCAAUUGUCUUGCGGAACUCCAGCAGCUCUCGGUGCCGUACAAGCAUGUGCAGUAUCGAAUGAUCGAUUUUGAGAAGCAGGCGACGUACAAGCAUCUGGUCGCCGAGACGGAUGUGGUGAUUAGCCUGCUUCCCGCUGUGAUGCAUCCCAAAGUUGCGAAACUCUGUCUCAAGAUGGGCAAGCACCUUGUCACCGCGUCGUAUGUGUCUGACGCCAUGGCCGAGCUGGACGAAGAGGCGAAAAGCAAAGGUGUCCUUCUGCUCAACGAGAUCGGGCUCGACCCAGGCAUCGACCAUCUCUCCGCACAAGACAUGAUCGACAGGAUCCACAAGGACGAAAGGUCCAUCAUUUCGUUCACGUCGUUCUGUGGCGGCCUACCUGCUCUCGAAGACUCGUUCGUCCCGCUGAGGUACAAGUUCAGCUGGCGUCCGCAAGGUGUCCUGACGGCUACCCUGAAUACGGCGAAGUAUCGUUUGGAUGGUGUGGACCACCGCGUGUCGGGCAACAAAUUGCUCUCGUCACCAUUCCACAACCUCCCUAUCACCCCGGAAUUUGAGCUUGAAGGCCUCCCAAAUCGAUACUCGUUGCCUUAUAUCACUGCUUAUCAUAUCAGAUACCCAGUUCCUACCUUCGUUCGCGGAACGCUCAGGUAUCCAGGCUUCAGUUCUCUCAUGCAGUCGUUCAAGACACUCGGCUUGCUGAACAACGAGAAGGAAAUGCAUCUUCACGACUGGGGCACCUUUGUGACACAAAGCAUGCUCCUUAUGUACAAGAUCGACGACGGUAUCCUGCCGCCUCUGCCCUCGAUCAUUCCCUUGGAACACCUUGCCCCACUUCAAGAGGCGCUCGAAUAUCUCGGUCUGGCGAAGCCUACCGUACCCCGCCCAUCUCGUUCUCAUUCUCGAGUGAUGCCUCCUCUGCCCGCCGGUGCAAUGACCCCACUUGACAUCUUCGCCUACGUCCUGGCUGCGAAGCUCAAGUACGAGCCGCACGAGCGCGACAUGGUCGUCCUCUCACACGAGAUCAUCACCGAGCGCAAGCCCCUCGCGAGCCCCUCGGCCCCUCGUGAAGUCGAGAUCCAUACAUCUACGCUCAUCACGCACGGCACGCACGAAUCCGAUGUCGGUUUCAAAGGUGCUCGCCCUGCGUCGGCGAUGGCGCGUACGGUUGGCCUCCCUGUCGCCCUCGCGGCGCUGCUCAUCGUUGACGGAAAGACUCUCGGCAUGUCUGGCGUGCACAAGCCAACGCACCCGACGCUGUAUGUGCCGCUCUUGGCGGGUCUCGAGGAGCUGGGCAUCACGAUGAAGGAGAAGGUGAGGAAGGAGAAGCGCAAGCCGGUACUCGUGCGCAAUGGGGAGUACAACGGGCUAAGGGUACGGGGAGGACGUGAUAUUGAGGGCAGACCGAGGACGGUGGAGGAUGCGCUUAUUGCGUCGCAUGAAGGACGAUCGUUUGUCGAUAGGAUGGAAGGCGGAGAGGUGGUUCGAGAUUUGAACCAGGAUCCUCAUUGGAAAGAGGAUGAGUACGUGCCUUGGGAGAAGAGACCAUAG